GUAAUACAGAUAACCACCUCUUGACCCGAUUGCCUUCACUACAGGACGCUUCUGAAUGAAUGACCCUUGUUAUUGAGCCUGGGAAAGCUGAAAUUACACCUUAAUCAUCAUGUAUCAUAAAUCAAAAUCAGUACAUUUGAAGAGCUCUGCGUCGUUGAGAUACAACAACCUUUCUGUUCUGUGCUCGCCGGAGCGGAAUGUGACAUGUUACGCUGUUGUUCACAAGGCGGUGGUGAAUAUCUCGAACUGUGCUAGCGAAGGAGCGGGGAGCGGUGUCAGCCCCAAUGUCACACAGCGACAACUGCACUGCAAAGAUGUGGCAGGCGUCACUCAGAAUGCAGCCAUCCUUGAGGCCAAAUUCUGUGAGUUGCCAUCAAGAACUCUAAUGGUGGUAUGCUGUCAGAAAGGUGUACAGAUGUUUGAACCAGAUAGCUCAGCAUUGGUCUUUUGGCAUGCUCUAUUCAACUCUGAUGGCAACGAUGGCUUUCUAUUUACCAGAGGGAUAGCAUCUGUGCUAGAUAGCUUCAUUGCAGUUGGUACAUCCAUUGGUUCUGUACUGGUAUUUUCCAUCCCAUCUCGAGGAACCAAUGUCCAGCUAAGUGAGACACUGAGCGGUCACUCUUAUCCCAUCAGCGCAGUAGCCGGUGCAGGGGACUUGAUGGCUAGCGGUGAUGAUAGUGGUUGCAUCAUGGUCUGGCAGGCUGGACCUAAGUUCUAUCAGUUGACCAGGAUCAACGGCGGAGGGGCUACAUGUUCAUCUCUGUGCCUGUAUAAGAACCUGGUAAUAGGAGGCUAUGGGACCGGUCAUAUUCGUAUCUUUGACACACAGAAGGGAAACCUCAUGACUGAAAUAUGUGCACAUGCCAAGUGGAUUCAUGCUAUGGAUCUAGCCCCCUCUGUUGGCCUGUUAUUGUCCACAUCCGAAGACACCAUGUUGAGAGUAUGGUCAUUGAAAGCUGAUGACAACCAAGCAAAGGUAUCACUUGCGCACCAAGAAUGCAUCACGGACGUACAGCUAUGCGGAGCUAAAUUCCUUGACAAGGAAGGCCAUUCCUUCUGCGUGAGUGGAUACGAUGCGCCAGAAGUCGUGUGUUUCACUAAAGGUUAAAGGUCAUCAUACGUGAUAGAUGAUGUUGUUUUAAUCUAUAUUCCACUAAUUUAUUUAAAACUUGAUCCUAGAUCUAAGAUCACAUUUAACGAAGGAGAUUUUGACCGUAGACCAAUCUUUUUUGUUAAACCUGAUGUUAAACAAAAGCUCAAGACCAGUGCCUGGUUUAUAUUUGAGUAGAUUACGGGUUGGUGAGUUGAGAGGUUUACUGAACAGGGUUAAUGCAAAAACAAGAGUCUUAUAAAGUGGUGGUCGGGUACUGGUAAGAGAAAAAUUGUGAUGACGAGCAUUCUAUCAAAUCUUAACUUCAUAUAAAAACAAGAAUCCCAUUUGGAAACGUGUUCUGUUUGUUAGGCGUCUCAAGACAACUCAGAUUUGGCACAAACUUAAAGUAAAUGAAACAUGUGAUUUCAGGUAAUUAGUCCAGUGGGUUGCUUGUCUUGUGCUGAUUUGAAUUCAUGUAUGGCGUGUACAUUUACAGUGAAUGAGUUGUUCAUCCUAGUGUAUUGUACAUAGAGCCUGAAGUUGUGACAAUCAUUGAUUUGCUUAGCUCACUGAGCAACUCAAAUGGCUAUUGGAAGAAUCACAGUAAGCAUUGAUUAGCUUGAAGUCUGCACAAAAUGUGAACAUCUUGUAUUUUUUGUACAAUUAUGUUGCACAUUACUGUUUUCAUUGUAUGAAACAAAAAUACGAAUGGAUUCAUCACGUUUUGAUCAUUGCAGUGUAUUUGUCCUUACCAGAACUCAUCUAUCAUUCAAAUUAAAUUAUUACAAGAGUUGGAUUGCCCUUUGAGUAUGUAAAGGAAUACAUACUUGCAAGCUCUUGCCAAUAACCUUGGCAAAUUGAUUAGCACCAUGAUGCGAACAAAUUAGUGUACAUUUCUCGUAUUCCUAAGGCCAGGUAAGGAUUAGUUGAGGUUAAAGGUCAGGUGGAGCUGAGUGCUCGGCAGUGAAAGGCACCAAACCCUACAUGUAGUCCCAAUAAUGUGAGUUUAUGUGAUUGAAUGUACUGUAUUGACAAUGUCCGCUAAAGUUCAUCCCUCAGUGUGCUGUAUAAGCACAGUGUAAAACUUGUUAUUUUCAUAUUAGGUAACUUUAAAGAAUAUGGUAUUUAAAAUUGUGAAAUCUGUUGGAAGUUAUAUUCAGUAAUGUUCUGCAACAUUAGUGGCGUAUUAAGAAUAUUGGAUAUGAUACAUAAGAUGAUACUCAUUGAGCUAUAACCACUUUAGCGAAUACAUUGUCCUGUUUCAGUCGGAUCAAAGAACUUGCCACAAGCAGAUUAAGAGGUAAACUACUAAAUAAUCAUUUCAGAUAAUGUUGAAUGUCACUCAUUGAUAUAUUAAUCAUUGAGUGUCAUAUAUUGAAGGCUAAAUGUCUAUGAUGCAGGGACGUCAUUUUAAGACCAUAACCUGAUUUCAGACUUUUUUCAGGCAACUUAAUUUACAGCACAUAUUGGACUACAACAUGUCAGUCUCUUUUCAGGCCCAUUGGGGUGAAACCAACUGGUAUCCCUGACAAUGCAACAUCUACAAAAAGAAAAACCAUUUACAAGAAAUGAAAUGUAGAUGAACAAAUGAUAGUUUUGUGCCUUUAUGCUCAUUAUUUCAUUAUUAGAUUCUUAGAAUUCAGAAGUGUACCAAGAAUUUAGCAGUUUGUUUUGUGCUUUGAGUGAAAAAUUGUAUGCGCUGUAUAAAUACUGAUAGAUAUCAACUAUAUUGUGCUUCUGCAUUGGUAUGAAUAUUAGCUGUAUUUGCCAUUCCCUUUACUAUCUAGUUAUGUUGAAAUUAUGUUAAUUGUAUUCAGUACAUGUACAUCACAAACUUUUAGUACUAUAAUUGUUACUUUGUACUCGCAUCGUAUUUAAAUUUGUCAACAUCACCUUGAAAUAUUGUGGAUAUUGUAAUUAUUCAAAGUGAAAUUAUAUUUAGAUGAGUUAUUCUUGCAGCUAUGGCCAUUUUUAUGAAGCCAAGUAUAUGUAUAUUAGGAUUUUAUGUUUCAUGUGGAUUGUGGAGUAUGUGUAGAUGCAGCAAUGCAAAAGAAAUGUUUGGAAAUAACGUUGUGGAUGAUGAUAUGUACUAGAAAUUGUUCUCAAAUAGAUGAAGUUUCAUAAGUAUGCACAUGUUUGCUCUAGAUUUAGAUAUUGCCAAAUUGCAACCCCAGUGGAAUAGGACAGGGAUCGAGUCACUUAGGUUUGCAAAGUUCAGCCAAUAUAUUCAUAGAGCUACGUAUUUUAUUUUGUGACUGUCUUUUGGUUUAUAUUACUUGGGCCAAUCUUAAUUAAUUAAGAAUUUGAAAGUAUACAAAUAUAUGUCUGAGUGCCAUAUAUAAUUGAUGUAUCCCCCUCCCUCUCCAUGUAUUGCAUACAUAUUUGCCAUCACCCCUUUUAAUGUACAUUUAAUUGUUCCCGUUUUUGUGCAGAUUGAAAUGGAAGUGAACCUUCAUGUUAGCUUAGUUUUAUUACCACAAUAAAACAGAAAAUAUGAGAAACAGAUCAGUGAAUUCAAAUAUCAUGCCUUUCCAGUAUCAGAUUUUCUGCAAACUUUCAUCGAAACCCUGCCCCCUUGCUUUUAUCAAAGCCAACUGGAUGUUUGGGUUGACUUCCCUUUAACAAUUACAUUCCUUAUGCUUGUAAAUUUAAUGACAAAGAUUUUAUGCAGUGUACUAGUAUAGAAAUUGUCACUUGUUUUUUUUUCUCCAUUAUGACACUAGAUUGAUUAGAUGUUUUGUAGUAUUUCUUAUGGAGGUGCAAUCUAUGGUAUUUACCAUUUUAUGACAGAAAUAACGUAUUAUUGAAUGUUUGUACAUUUCUUUUGCUUAUUUUAUGUUUGUUUUU